AUGUCAUCUAAAAGUCUGUCCGAGGAUGCCGUCGCGGAGCUGCGCGAGGCGUUCGCGCUCUUCGACAAGGACGGCGACGGCGCCAUCAGCACCAAAGAUCUGGGCACCGUGAUGCGCUCGCUCGGUCAGAGCCCGACCGAGGCUGAGCUGAAAGACAUCAUCUCGGAGCUGGACGUGGACGGAAACGGCACCGUCGAUUUCCCGGAGUUCCUGGCUCUGAUGUCCAAGAAGGCGCGCACUACGGACACGGAGCAAGAGAUCCGGGAGGCCUUCAAGGUCUUCGACAGAGACGGGAAAGGCUUCAUCCCCGCAGCAGAGCUCCGUCACGUCAUGACGACUCUCGGAGAAAAGCUUACGAACGAAGAAGUUGACGCGAUGAUACGGGAAGCUGAUGUGGAUGGAGAUGGCCACAUUAACUACGAAGAUUUCGUAUCGCUCAUCACGUCAGGCUAAACAUCAAAAUCGCUUUUUUGCUUCACCCAUUGCUUUGACGUC